GCGAGAGCGGCGGGGGGCGGGUGGGCGCGGGCACGGGGCCGGGGCCGGGGGGAGCCGAGCGGGAGGGGCCGGGGGCAGCGGGGCCGCCAUGAGCGCUGCGCUCCCCCUGCGCACCGAGCCGCCCUCGGCAGCCGCCGCCUGCGAAUGAAGUGAGGCGAGGCCGGGCCCCUUCCUCCUCCUCCUCCUUUCUCCGUCUCCUCCUCCUCCUCCUCGCCCGGCCUCCCCGCCGCGCACCUCGGGGAGCCGCCGGUGCCGUCUCCGCCGCGGCCCGGAGAGGGAACUGAAGGAAAGUCAUCAUGGGAGCAUUUUUAGACAAGCCAAAGAUGGAGAAGCAUAAUGCCCAAGGGCAAGGGAAUGGGCUUCGUUACGGUCUUAGUAGUAUGCAAGGCUGGCGAGUUGAAAUGGAGGAUGCGCAUACAGCUGUGAUUGGUUUGCCAAAUGGACUUGAUGGAUGGUCAUUUUUUGCUGUAUAUGAUGGGCACGCUGGAUCCCAGGUUGCCAAGUACUGCUGUGAGCAUUUAUUAGAUCACAUCACAAGCAACCAGGAUUUUAAAGGGCCAGAUGGGCCCCCAUCUGUGGAGAGUGUAAAGAGCGGCAUCAGAACAGGUUUUCUGCAAAUUGAUGAACACAUGAGAGUCAUCUCCGAGAAGAAACAUGGUGCAGACAGAAGUGGGUCAACAGCUGUGGGUGUCAUGAUUUCUCCCCAACACACAUACUUCAUCAACUGUGGAGACUCGAGAGGUUUACUUUGUAGAAACAGGAAGGUUCACUUCUUCACGCAGGAUCACAAACCGAGUAAUCCACUGGAGAAAGAGCGUAUACAGAAUGCGGGUGGCUCUGUAAUGAUUCAGCGUGUGAAUGGUUCCCUCGCUGUUUCAAGGGCGCUUGGAGACUUUGAUUACAAAUGUGUUCAUGGGAAAGGUCCUACAGAACAGCUAGUCUCACCCGAGCCUGAAGUUUAUGAAAUUGAGAGAUCAGAAGAAGAUGAUCAGUUCAUCAUACUGGCUUGCGAUGGUAUCUGGGAUGUUAUGGGAAAUGAAGAGCUGUGUGACUUUGUAAGAUCCAGACUUGAAGUCACUGAUGACCUUGAGAAAGUUUGCAAUGAGAUAGUUGACACCUGCUUGUACAAGGGAAGUCGAGACAACAUGAGUGUGAUAUUGAUCUGUUUUCCGAAUGCACCAAAGGUAUCACCAGAGGCGGUGAAAAGAGAGGCAGAGUUGGACAAGUACCUGGAAAGCAGAGUAGAAGAGAUCAUAAAGAAGCAGGGUGAAGGAGUACCAGACUUAGUCCAUGUGAUGCGUACGUUAGCAACUGAGAGCAUCCCAAACCUCCCGCCAGGGGGUGAAUUGGCAAGCAAACGGAGUGUGAUUGAAGCUGUUUAUAACAGACUGAACCCCUACAGGAAUGAUGAUACUUCUGGAUUAUCCAGAAACUGCUGUAACUAUGGGCAAUCCAGACUUUAAAGGGUUCCUUCUUUUUUCUUUAAGGAUUCUGCCUCAACUGAUGAUAUGUGGUAAAACUGCUCAUCUAGCUGUGGAGUUCAUGUUUCAUCCUUCAAAUGAAAGUGCAGCCCAACCUCAGUGACCCUUCUUAACAUCCAUCCUCAAUAUUAAUUAAAGAAGGGAAAUAUGAUGUGUUGGUGAGAGUGACUACAGCAGAAAACUACAGCAGUACGACAUCUAGCCCAGGAACUGAUCUCUUUUGUAAAACAGACUUCUGUAAACGUGAUUUCAAACCAUAAUUCAUGUUGUAAAUCAGACUCCAGCAAUUUAUGUUGUAUGAUUUUGUUUUUGUAAAGUGCAAUUGUCUUUGUACAAAAUGCUCAUAUUUAAUUAUGAAUUGCUUUAAAUCACUAUAAAGGUUAGAAGAAAUGUUUGGCUUGUGUGAUGCAACAAUAUAUAUAUCCCUUUAAAUUCAUGUUGUGGUUUUGGAUUGCAAGGAGCAGCAGCCUAGCCAGCUAGGUGCUCAAGAGGUGCACAAAACUGUAAAGAUAACUUCUUGUUUUAUACAAAAGCUGAACUCGUGAGCAACUUGCCAGGAAUCAGUGUGUGAAUUUGCUCAGCAAAGGACGAACAGCGAAGAGUAGUGCACUUUCUUCAACAAACGUAUCUCGUUUUCUUGGAGGCACUCCUGCUCUCACAUUGAGUUAAAGGGAGUUCCGAUUUUGACUUCAGUGGGAGUUGAAUCACGCCCUAUUAAUAGUAUCGUGUUCAUACGCAUAUGAACCUUGGGAUUAGAAUGCCUUGAUUCUUUGCACCUCUUUUUUCAUUAACCCUUACCUGAAACUACUAAUCACUGAGCACGAACAGGCAGCUUUCUACAUACAGUAGGAGUCUGCAGCAUUUUUACAAUACUGAUUGGCUGGGUCUGCUGCUGUUCCGAGUAAAAUACUCUGAAUUCCAUUUUAUCAAUAAAGCUUGGUUUAACAAACAAGAAAUUUAUCCAUAAAUGUGUAAUUCCUUUUUUCCUGCCUUUUGAAAUGUCAGUGCCAUUGUAAAUGAUAUUUUACAUGUGGAAGAAUAUUUUUAUUAAUUGGUAGCCCAUUUUUAAAAUGGGAAGAAUUUUAAUUACUGCCCAAGACAUAGCCAUAUGCUAGAGGAUGAAGUGGGAUUAAUGUUACCCUAUUUUUUACGAGUGUGGGUUUUUUCAGGCUUUUUUUCUCCCCACUGAAGAUGUGCAUUGGUUUGAAUUUGCCUACUGUUUGAUAAAAAUACAUUUGUCAAAGCCUGACAAUCUUUAACGUUUUAUGGUGUGUGUUUUUAAUUGACCCACUUACUUAGAAUGAGAGACUAGUGGUUAAACAGUACUUGUGAUUUGAGAUAUAGCAUGUUGACAAUAUUUAACUGUUCGUUGUUUAAAAUUCUAAUUUAAAAUUUUAUAAGAUAAUAAACUAAUUUGAUUUAAGCCUAGCUUUCUCCCAUUGAACAUGCAAAAUUAAGUUUUCAAGUCAGUCGUGUUUGCAAAACUGCUGUUUUGUGCACCUUGUAUUGUCUUUUUUGGUUGAGAAUAUUGUAUUUAAUAUGUAGUUUACUCAUUUAGUAGGCAGAUUCCCCAAAAGGAAAAUCAGUAAAACAAGUAGAUUGUAACAUUUACUGCGGUUAAACAGAAUCAAGACGUGGUGUAUAAUUACUUUUUGAUAGGAAAAUGUAGUACAAUGCAUUUUGCUAUAUGUCUUUCCCUAACUUUGAAAUAUACAUAUUUGUAUAUAUAGCCUUAAAACUAAUGCAGAGUUAGGGAACACUGAACAGUGAAAAAGUAACUUAUAGUGUCUUGGAACUAAGUAUAGUAUAUACCAGCAAACUUUUCUUUUAUCCCUCUUGUCUAUGUGGGGUGCUUAAAACGUAACUUCAUUGUAUUCAGUUUGUAAUCUGUUCAAGCAUGAAUGAAGAAAACAUAAGCACUAUUUGUAUUUAUAAAUUUAUAGCAAUUUUUGCUUAAAGAACCAGUUCCUUACCUACCUAUGAAUAAAUGCUUAAAAUGUCUAAUUUUGUUGUAGAGUGCAAAACUAUAAUAAUGUUAAGUUAUAGCUUCACAGGCACCUAAUUAACAAGCGUAUUUAAUACACGGCGUAUUAGUGCAAAAAGCUAAACUCAGUUUAGGACUAGGUGGAUAAAGUUCUGUCCUUUUUCGUAGAGACUAAAGUUUAGUUUUGGAAACUGCAAAACAUUGAACUGGACUGUGGAAACUUUGAAUUUUAAACUUUGAGAAUCAGAAGCAAAACUGUGGUAUGAAAAGCCAUACUUCAAACCAUAAUCACUUAAAGCGUCUCAGUGACAAAUGAUGUAUUUGAAGCCUCUUCCUAUGAGGUCUCCUAAAGGUUAGGAAGAAAAUAAUUCUGCUAUUGCUGCAUGUGCUGUUACGAGGUUUGAUGGUAGCAGAAGAAAGCCCGUUUCAGGCCUUUCUCCCUACCACCUACGUGCAGCAUUUUGAUGAGGUCAGAGCACUGAAUCUAUUACGAAUGCAUAAACACUGCCAUUUUAGAUACAGAGUUGUUUGAUGACAAAAUAUUAAGUAUAUAAAGCAUCCUAGAAAAGAGUCGAGCUGUACUUUUCACUGCUCUGAAAAGAAAAAGAAAAAGGCACUUUUGCACCUUUGUGCAUCUCCUUCUUGCACCAGAAACUUUUUGUUAAUUGCUAAAAACAUUAGCACCUCAGGGGCAAGGCAGCAAUUUUUUUUUUUUGAAGUAUUGUGUGCUAUUUAUUUCCCUCAUGGAAAACUAUUCCUGUGUGUGACAAAAAUGAAAACUGUGUGGUGUUAAAAGAUGUAUUUUUAAAUACAUGUUCAACUAGGAUGGUCCCAAUUUGCUUUUUUUUUUUUUUUUUUUAAAAAAAAAAGGAAAUGAUAUUUGUAAAGCUACUUCACUUCGUAUGCCAUGCAAUUUUGUUUUCCUUCUACAUCUGACAGCUUCACUGGCUUCAGUUUCUGUGAGUUUUGUUACAGUCAGAUUAAAUGUUUCACUGAUCAUUCUGGGAAAGUUACCUGUACUGCUUUAUAGACCACUGUUUCAAACAAUUCUCACUAAUUCAGCAUUGAAAUGUGCUCAAGACAGAGGCUUUCUAAAAUGUCCUAGAAACCAGUGUUGGAUUAGCUACAUGGAAUUAUGUUAAGCAUGGUCCUAGACCUGCAAGGCCUUGUAAACCCGUUGUAUCAGCAGAGUCCUGGUACGUGUGGUGAGUCGUGGAGCCAGGGCCUUUCUGGUGGCUGCUCUUGGCUGGUCAGCAGGCGGCACCACACGGGCCUUGAUGCGUGGCCAUCACUUAUUUCCAGCAGAAGUCAGAGCUGGAGAGAAAUUUCAUCUACUUGUCAUGAAACUGUGAUGAGUUGGGGUAAUCCUAGGUUGUCUCCUACUAGCAAGAUGCCUGAAGAAUAUAAAACAGCAGAUGAGUAGUGGUAGCAUUGACCUUGGCAGUUCAUGCAGGUGCUGAAGCUAAUCAUUUUAACACCUACUUAUGAUGCUGACUUGAAUGUCAAUUAAACUGUUUAUUGCAAAGCUGAUACUGUCUCAACUGUAGAGGUUAGAUCUGAGCCAUGUUGCUUAGUUCAAGAAUUGGAAUCAUCAGGGUGAUUUAACCAAAUUGGGGAACGGUUUUCACUGCAAUUCAUUCCCUGCUAGGAAUCUCAUCCUGACUUGUUGCACUGGGGUAGUAUAGACUUCCUAUUGCAUUUUUUUAAUUAUUUAUGAACUAAGGAUAUAAUUUUGUGGUCAGUUUAUAUCAAGACUGAGCUAUCUAUCACUGUAAGUCUGCUCCCACUGCCCUUCUUAUGCCAGCAGUAGCACUUACAUGGCCAUGCAGCUAGGAGCAGAAAAGAAAAUCUGUACUCAGCCGGACAAAGUGAUAUUCCAGUUACCCUGUGCUAGCACAGGGCAGGAUGUGGGGCGAGGACGGGGCUGCGAGCGAAGGAAAGCUUGCACCACCUCUUCUGGCACAGUUAUGGAAAUUCCACCCAUAGUGCAGAUAAAUGAUGGACCUGUGUAGGGAGCAUCGAAGCCUUUGCAGAUCUUCCUCCACUCUGUACUUAAACAUUUUAGUUUGAUCAACGUUCUUUUUCUUAAAACUGGAAUAGUGAAACUUUGGUUUUAAUGUCUUGUAUGUGAAUUCCAUGCUGACAGACUUGCUUUUUGUUGGCUGUCUCUAUGUGUAUGUAGCUCCGUCUUAAGAGAUAGUUAGCAUGGCUGUCACAAUUAGAUUAAUGGCAGGGCUGUCAGAGUUUACCUUAUUUAAAUGUACAUCAGGAUUUCAUCAUGCCAAGGUGUUCACCUCCAUUUCUACAUGCACGUUCCUGAAUUGCUUUAUGCACAAAUGACUUGGUAUAUUUAAAUUUCUUGAUAUUUAAAGUUGGCCCUCUCUGAAACAGGCUAACAUUUAAUUAAUGUUACCCUUUUCCUCCUCAUUUGGCAAACUCAGGGUUUUAAUAAAAACCUGAUGUAUCUUGCGUAGGUUAAGAAACGGCAAAACCAUGUAGAUCUGUAGAGCUAUAUUUUACAGUUUUCUGUAGGAAAUGGAAGUGCUAUUCUGUGCCAAGCUUCUUGAGGUGUAAAAAUGUCUUCAAGAUAACUGGUAUAGCUCCUUGCUCCUACAGCUAUGUAUGGUCAUGACCCAAGCCUUCAUAUGAUAUCACAGGGUGUAAAGUCUCUACUUGGCUGAAUAGAUAUUUUUUUUUAACUCUUUAUGUACAUCCUAUUUCCAGGAUGUUGUAGUGCAUAAAAUGCAUGCGAUUCCCAACUUUGAGCCAAUAAAGCAGUGGAAAAACAGAGCAAAACUGAAAGGUAACAACCUGGGCUGAGUACUUGGACUGACCAGUCCAUGAGUGUUGACCAGAGAAUCUGCUCUUCAGCUGGGUUUUCCCUGAGCUGCUUCUGUGGAGCACUCACACAGUCUGCAGGUCUCAGGCAUGUGCCUUCUGAAGCUUUUUUUUUUUUUUUUUUUUUUUUUAACCUUUAUUUUGCUUCAAACCAUUUUUGCUUUGUAAAUGAGGUAGCAGUCAGCUGGGCUGUGACAUUUCAUCCCAGAAGCUCAAGAAGCUGUAGGAAAAUGUAAAGCUUUUCAUUAGACCCAUGGAUCACUAAAAGCUUUCAAGUGGAGAAGAACACAGAGCAUGCCAAAAGUAGAGAUUACAUCAUCUCCUGCUGAAAAACAGUGUCCAGGAAAAUCUACAAAUAUUUCUACAACUUACUUUUUAGUACAUGGAGAAGUCUGGCACUUUAAUCUGAUUGUGUCUUAGUUGUCGACCUACAGUGGGCUAGGUUUUAUACCUAUUCCUUGCUUUAUCUAUGUUUUCAUUUGAUGGUCCUUCUGUGUAGCAGUGAAACAUUUUUUCCCAUCCUGUAGACACUUUUAUUAAAAAAAAAGUCUUUGCUUCCAAGCUAAGAGACCAGGAGUGAUAAUGAUGUCUUAGGAAAAGGGUUUUGAGAGAAGACUGCUUUAAGUAAAAAAGCAAAAAUCAUAACCUUUGCAACCACAAAGUCUGGAAAAGUGGGCUUACCUUAAAGAAUGCUUUUUAUAGAAUUAAUGAAAUAGUUCUACUCUGAAAGUUUCAAAACUUCAGUAGAGAUGGGAUGAUAGGUCAGAUUUCUACAGCACAUAUUGUUUUAACCUAGCCAGAUUUUUAUGUUUAACUCAUAUUGAUUCGUGCCCGAACACUUUUUAAAAUAUCACUAGGCAUCUGCUUUUUUUUGUUGUUUAAAUUAAAAAAGAAAA